AUGGCAGCGGAAAAUAUCCAGGGUACGCAGGAGAGAGUUUGUGAUGUGGUGCUGCGAGGUGAUACCACAUUGAGAUUAUCCUGUGACCCAGGAACUGGGGUGCAGUCACCCGGUGCAGGACUCUUGUAUCCUGGAGGGGAGAAAAGGGGUGACUCUGUCCACAUGUAUUAUAUGAUGUGGUUGCAAAGCAUCCUAAGACAGGAGGGUGACAGUGAACUAGCAACCAUGAUGGGCGAAAUGAUCGAUGAGGAAGAAGAGCAGGUGGCAAUUUGGAGUGGCAAUAGGAUGAAAGUCCAGACUUGUGGUAUGGUGGAGUGGACUGCCAUCCUCAGGGAUUCAUAUGUCGAACUGAGGCCCAAAGACUGGAUUGAAGAGGUGAACAUUGGUUACAUCAAUAAUGCCCCUGCGAUGGAGAUUGGCAACAUUUACGCAAACAGGAUUGUUCUUUAA